AUGUCUGAAUUCGCUCACGAAGAAAAGUUUCUCAAGGCCAAGUCCUCUCUGAACAUUGACAACAUUGUCAAGCUCGCAGACAAGAUCCUGCUCAACCCUCUGUUUGCAGGCGCCGCCCUGGCCCUGUCUUACCAGAAUGGUGACCUUUACGAGAACCUGCCCCGAUUCGCUGGCAUUGCUGGCGCUGGCAUCCUCACCACCAUCCUCUACUUCUUCCGAGUCAUCUCUCGACGAUACCUGAAGAUCAAGGGCUGGAAGCUGACUUCCCGAGAUGUUGCGGUCAUCACCGGAGGCUCCAACGGUCUCGGACAUUACAUUGCCUAUGAGCUGUCCAAGCGAGGCGUGCGAUGUGCCAUUCUCGACCGAGAGAAGCCCGCCCGAACCCUGCCCGGUUCCACCUACUACUACUGUGACCUCACUGACAAGACCGUCAUUGACAAGGCCUUCGCCGAGGUGCAGCGAGACAUGGGUCCCAUCUCCAUUCUGGUCAACAACGCCGGUAUGAUGUGCGAGCAGCGAGUCCAGGACCUCAACGAGAAGCUCAUUCGAAACCUGUUCGAGGUCAACAUUGUCUCGCACUUCUGGACCCUGCAGGCCGUCAUCCCCGACUUCCUCAAGUACAAGCGAGGAUGGGUCGUGUCUGUCGCCUCCACCGUCGGUCUCAUUGGACCCGGCCACAUGUCUGCCUACACCUCUUCCAAACAUGCCGUGGUCGGUCUGCAUGACUCCAUCACCCACGAGCGAGGUCUUGCUGGCAAGGUCGGAACUACCCUUGUGUGCCCCGGUCAGAUGAACACCCGUCUGUUUGCCGAUCUGUCCACUCCCACCAAGUUCUUUGCUCCCGUCGUUGAGUCCCAGGCUCUGGCCAAGAUCAUUGUCGACAACAUUGCCAACGGCCAGCGAGGCGAGGUCAUUGAGCCUCUGUACGCCAGACUCACCCCUCUGGCUCGAAUCGUGCCCCACUGGCUGGCCGACUUCUGCCGAUGGGCCACCAACCUCGAUGGCUGCAUGGAGGAGGUUGAGCACAAGAAGGUGGGCCGAGGAGAGCUGUAA